UUUCGCUGUGGCGACAAAAUAAUAUUUACUUUCCUGCUGGGGAGCGUAUUAUCGCGUCUUAGCCAAGGGUCAUUCUUCCAAAUUCUGUGAAGUUAGGUCAGAAAUAAUAGAAACAUGGAGAAAAAUGCUCGUUUCCACAACACUUGGACCUGUUAGUACCGAAGCAAGCAGAUGAAAGGUGCUUGUAAAAAGUUUGCUGAUAUGAGUUAAGCUGAGGUCUGACACUGAACACCUAAAUUGACAACAGACUGAGAGUAUCUCACAAAAUCUCACCACUACAAUGAAAGUUUUCUUAAUUCAUGCAAGUGACUUAUUAGUUUGUCAGUGGUAUUUGGUGGCCAAUCUGAUUUAAAAGAUCUUUGACUCAAUUUCCAGUAUUGUGAUCUUAUGAUGGCUCAUGAUCAACAUUUAUUAUGGACAACGAAAGGAACAAAGGCUUCUAAAGAUAAUAUGGAUCCUAACUCAUUGCACAUUUUCUUCAACUCUGCAAAUACCGGCAGGCCUGGACAGGGAAGACCUAUUCAGCGAGUCAAAAGUGCAGCUCCUAGAAUUGGUGGAAGACAUCCUGCUGGUAAAGGGUAUAACAAAGAUAAUGCAAGUCCCUUGGGAAGUCAUUCUUCAUUUUUUCUCAAUCCAUCACCGACCCCUGCAACCUCACGCCCCUUGUCGUCAAGAAGUGGAAGAAGUUCUUACAGCUCAGUGCAAAAGAAUAAACAAGAACCAAGUGCAUCUCCUACAUCGUUAUACCUUCAGCUUCAUAAAGCAAGAUGCAAAUCAGCUCCCCCAAGACCUGCUGACUAUUAUCUUCCCCAGAAAUCCAAAUCUUGGCAAUCACGUGGUGGUUCCACCUCCUCCUUAUCUCGAAGUGCCCCAAAACGUGCAUGGCAGAACAGGACAAGUUCUGCAAAGAGUCAGCAUUCUCUCAUGUCCCGAGAAGAAGUAGAAAAACGGCACAAAGAGCGCUGUAAAUCAGCUCCUCUUCCUUAUGAUUUUAGCACUAUUGAAGUUGUAAACUGUGUUCCCAAGCAUGGUUCUGAUAUUCAAAGAUUAAAAGCUUUUACUCGUCCUUUAACCUGUAUGCCAGAUGUUAUUCAGAAUGUUCUUUCACACAAUGGUUUAAGACAUUGCUGUUCUGCUUAUCAGCCCAGGCCUAAAUCAUCUCCUUCGAGACAGCAGUUUUGGCCUGUUGCAAGACCCACUGUGUUCCAAAGGGGAGAUGUUCCAAAAUAUCUUCACUUUGUGAAACCAGCAGGAUUUUGGGUACGUGGAGAAGGGGGUCAUCUUAAAACUGGUCCUGAUGAUGAUCUCUCUUUACUAAAUGACAAUCAAGAUGUGUUGGCGAGAGCUGAUUUCCCUUUAAAUUAUGAGGAUGACUUGGAUGAAACAGUGCUGUUUGAAGAACAGUUUAUUGUACCUGCAUCACCCUCCGAGGCAUCAUCAGAGAGGGAGUACUCAUUAGAACCAAGAGAUGAAGAGUUACAAACAGAACAAGAUUUAGAUGCCACCCACUGUGAAGGUCUUGCUGAAAAAUAUUUGGGUGAUGAUGACAAAAAUUGGCCUGAUAAUCAAGUGACUCUUGAGCCACCACUAGAAAAACCUCCAGCUGAUAUCAAGACUUCAGAUGCAGAUCCUGUGGAACCUGUUCUUGAAAUCAUCAUAACUAAGUUAGGACCUGAUAAAAAUUCAUCUCCUGAAAUCAACAAAGAAGAGCAAAAAGAAGCUGGCACAAAGGAGGAAAGUGAUUCUGAUAUACAAAUUGAUGUUCCAGAGAUUCCACAGUGGGCAACUGAAGAAACUUUGAGUCCAACUGAAGAUGUUAGGUUAGAUGAUGUAAAGGAAGAGGUUGUAAUGCCAGAGCCUGUGGAGGAACCUGCUCAGAUUGAAAAAGAACUAGAGAAAGAGGUGGAUAAUGAGCCUGUGGCUCAAAAGCUCAAUGACGUUCCUCAGAAGACAGAGGUGGAGAGGCCCAAACCACAAACACAUCAAGUCAAGUUCUCAGAUUCUCUGAUUCUUACGAGUUUCAAGUCACCGCCAUCUAAAGAAGAAGGGAAGGAGCAGGUGAUCAAACCUAUUCUAAAACCUACUGUGAGUAAGGCAGAGUCCCCAACACUUAAACGCGAGGAACCCAAAGUAGCAUCAGCCACACAGAAGAGAACAACACCAUUGCUUGAGCGCAAGGUGGUGGAAAAACCACCACUUCUGAAACCACCUCCUGUAGCACCAGUUCAACCUGUAGAGGAAAUAAAAACAGAAGAGAAGAAUGAGGAGAAGAGGCCAGAGGAAGAAGAGAAGGUGGCAGAAGAAAGAGAAGAGGUGGCACCCAAACUUGAGCCUGAAGUUUUACCCAAACCUGAGUAUAUAAGAGCACCUGGAGCCUACAGGAUGUAUGAUCCAAAGGACCUCCUUGAAUAUCGGUUGGAACAAAAAAGAGAGUCAAGACCUCUAAAGAAAUCUUUAACCAACUCAUUAAUGCCACGGUUUGUGCCUUCUGCUGAGAGCACUGAAGUUAUGACAUCUAUAAUGGAUGAACAUAAGCAAAGGAAAGAAGGAAUGAAACCCUGGCUUCAGGGAAGACUAGCACUUUCUAAGCAAACAAGUAGAUUUGAGCUUCCUAUGGAUGUUAAAUUACUUGAAGAAAUGACACCAAUGGAGUAUUUGACAAAGUACUGUAUCAUAAGCACAAGAAGGAAAGCACUUUACAAACAUAUAUUUCAGAAAGUGGAUAAAGAUAGAGAUAAUCAAAUAACUUUUAAGGAGAUGGACAAGGGCUUAAGGGAGAUACAUGUGGACUCUAUAUCAACAGAACAGGUCAAGAAACUAAUAGAGAUGGUUGAAGGAAAUGAGAAGUCUACUUUCAGUCUUGCACAGUUUUCAGCAAUUGCUGCAUUUUCUGAAAGGUUCCUCUUCUCAGAAACACAGGUAACAGAAAAGAACAACCCAUACAGCUCAAAGGAAAUUAUUGAAGAGGCUGACUUCUGUGGAUUAAAAUCCAAACUUAGUGGAUUCCCUGUGAACCCCACAGUGAGGAAAAUUUUGGAAGUGCUCUAAGUCAAUAACAAUAAUAUAUUUAUUAAACUUAAUUAUAAAUUUGAGGAUAUUUAAUAUAUUGUUGCACAAUAUUUAAAAUUUAUAUAAAUGAAAUUUGUUGUAUUUUAACAAUGAAGAACCUUUUAUAGUAAGCUAAAUUGUACACAGUGGCAAUCAUACAGUAGGAUCUGACACUUUGGUACUGAUUAUUGAAUUGGAGCCAAUGCCAUUUUGUAAUGAUACAGCAACUACUGCUUAAAACAGUUGGGUUCAAACUCUUUGGUGGGAAGAAUCAUCCUUUAUCCACUUUGGAAAUGCAGAAUAGUUUAAUUCCUUCAAAGUUGUAGCAGGAGAACUGAAAUGUCCUUUAGGUUGUCACUUUUCUCUGCCAAAACAACAACUGGUGAAAGGUCUUUGUGUACAGGCUAUAAAUAUUGUUGACCCUGGGGAUAAUCAGAAAGCUAUGUACCCUCAGCUGAAAACAACACAGUAUAUUGGAAAAAAUAAGUCACUAGUGUAUUUUGACAGUAUGAGUCAUCCAGGAAAAAAAAUCCUUUUUUUUUUUUUUUGUAGAAUAACUGCAGUCAUAUAAAAGCAAAAGUAAGGGGAAGCCUCAUUUCAAUUAAAUAUUAAACACUUUCCUAUUCACAUAAAGAUCAUAGAGGGAAACUCAGCUACAUUAUUCAGUGGUUCAUGUUCCUCAAUUUUUUAUUAGCUUUUUUCAAGGGAGUAUUUCCACAAUAUUAAUGGUCAACUAAAGAAAAAUAUCCAUUCAUGAAGUAUUCCAUACACAGAAUAUGUAGUUUUGACACUGUUAUUUUAUCUUAGGAAGGAACUUUAUUUUGUAUAAAUUUGGUUUAAAAAUAAAUCAGUGUAUUAAAGGAAAGUAUGUUC